AUGCUGCAGUUCAUCUUGGCAACAAUGUUUCUUUUGGUGAUCAAUUACUCGUUCUGUACCGAGCCCACCGGUAUUCGUCAUUUCCGUUACAUCUAUCAAUGUAACGUAAAAUGCGCCGGACCGACUCCAGCAGUGAACGUGCAGAAGUGUUGUGUGGCAAACAAGGCCGGCAAUUGGGGCACUUGCACGAAGCUGAACCAGGCGAUUUGCGCCCGGAUGGACGUGAAAUGGUCCGAGAACGGUGAUCAGCUUUGCUCGUUCUACGGCUUCGGCUUUGAGUGCAUGGAUCGAUUCCAAUUGGGCGGAAGU